AUGCUGGUCGCCCACUCGCCCAUGUGUAAGAUUCACCCGGAAGAGAGGACGAGCUCCACCCACAACUCCCACCCAGUCCGCGCAAUGAUGGGCAACAGAGUAGUCAUCAAACAGGAACCGGUUGACGACGAUCUCGGCGUGUCCUCUGUCACCGCCCAUGACAAGUCUCAGAGAUCCGUAAUUAAGCCGAUCAACAUCGGAGCCAACUUUUUCAACGAGGAGCCUCUCAAUACGCCGGUGGUCAUGUCUACUACGCCUCCAAGCACUCCAAACACCGCCAAUCUCGUAUUCACCUACCCGAGUGUACUGGAUCAGGAAUCUUCUGCCUCUCCCUCCGAGUCCUGCUCUAAAGCUCACCGUCGAAGCAGUAGCAGCGGCGACCAAUCGUCUGAUUCCUUGAACUCCCCCACCCUAUUGGCCUUGUAA